AUGUCCGACAUGACAAGUCUCACGCCAUCACCUACACGAUCUUCAAAACGCGCAUUGUACUACGUGCAAAGUCCUUCACGCGACUCAUACACGUCAGUUACACAGCCUAGCCCGAUGGGCUCUCCCACACACGAUUCUUCCUCCUUGGGCCGCCACUCUCGUAACUCAUCAGCGAGUAGAUUCUCCGGGAUAUCAAGAUCUUCAUCAUCGGAUAAAAAGAACAUCAAGAAGUGCCGAUCUAACGAGAAAGAAUACGAGAGUAUACUUGAAGAAGGUUCGUACGAUGAAAUGGAAGAAGACGUGACGUCUAUGAAGAGGUGUCGAGCACUACUUGCCGUUUUCACUUUCGUAAUUAUCUUCACUGUCUGUUGCUUAAUCACGUGGGGAGCUAGUAGACCAUACAAGGCUAAAAUCUCUGUUAAGACAUUCGAACUACGCAACUUUUAUGUUGGUGAAGGAUCAGAUUUCUCUGGAAUGCAUACCAAGUUGCUGACUUUAAAUGGAACAUUAAGAAUUGGUAUAUACAAUCCCGCACCAACAUUUGGUAUUUAUGUUAGUUCCACACCAAUCAAUCUCUUCUUCUAUCAACUCCCUAUCGCCACCGGUCAGUUGGAUGAACACUAUCAACACAAGAAGAGUCUAAAUACGGUUGCAGUGGUUAUAGAAGGGAGAAGAAUCCCAUUAUAUGGUGCCGGAGCAAGCCUAGAGGCAACGGAGAGAGGCGGAAAGAUUCCGGUAAAUACGAGAUUUGAAGUUCGAACAAGAGGAGAUGUGGUCGGAAGAUUGGUUAGCAUAUGGCAUACAAAAAGAAUCUCAUGCUCAUUUGUCAUCGAUGUCGCCGUUAAUAGACGCGUAUUGAUCGAUAAGAGUGAUUGCAGCUAUUCAUGAUCAAUGUCAUGCUCAUUUGUUAUCGAGUGAUGUGUUAGAUGUUAAAAUAAAUGUUAUAUGUGGUCAAAUAAAAAGUCAAUUUUUUUAAAAAAAACUAUAUCUUUAUUUACUUUUGUAGUAACCAUCUGAAGGCUUCUUGAAGAUAUUGCAAGAAAGUUCAAAUUGAAUGUAAUUUUCCAAUACAAAAGGCCA